GGGGAGGAAGAUGAUUGCCACGGAUGGAAGCAUGGAUGGAUUGAUGGCUUGCAGCAGCAGCAACAACAUAGCAAGCAAGCAAGAGUAGAAGAAAUGAAGUGCCUGCGUGCGCCAUUGCACAUGCGUCGCUACCGUGCCUCACAUCCCCCAAUAUUCUGUUGUGGGUGCAAUUUUUAAGGCUCAGAAUGGCCAUUGUGAAAAGGAAUCCGGACAAUGGAGUCUGAAGUUGAUUAUCCGACCGCAGUAAAUGACGAGUGAGGGCCAGGCCGAGAAGAGCGUGAAGGUGGUUGGCUCCGUCAUCGAAGGAGGCGCGGCGCUCACUGCCGGAUGCGCUUCGCCCGCGUCCCUGUCCGCCCCAUACCCCUGCUUUCCGUCGCUCGAAUUUCUGCUGCCGCUGUUGCCUCUAUUCCUGGCCCCUUCUCUGCAAUUUUGCCAGUCUGGUCCAUCUCUCCCCCACUUCACUCGCCCUCGCAACCGACUCCGGCGGUCAUUGUCAUUUCCCUGCGUUGCUGGAUGGCUUCCGACGCAUAUGCUGUGGGUAUGCCAUGUGCCAGCACUUAUUGUUGUUGGUAUUGCUGUUGGUGUUGUUGUCGCAAUGCGGUCUCUUGAUUACGCGGAUUGCAUGUAUACAGUCAAGUGCAUUGGGCAUUAGAUCUGUGUAGGUGUCCGGACAAUUCCGUAUCGAGGAGGCAUUGUUCGUGUGAUCUUGGACUUCUCUUCUUCGAGCUCCUUUGCAACGUCGUGAAGUGAUCGCUCAUGAUUCUUGCGUUCUCCCUUCCUCGAUCGUUGCGAGUUAGGCUUCAGUGUCGCCUGCAGGAUCGUUUUACUGACUAGAGUUUGAAGCAUCAUCGCUUGGGCAUCCAUUUGGACCUCGCGUGAGCAGUGAAGAUUCAGAUUAUCUUCGUUUAUACUCUAAAAUGAACGGAUUGACCAGUUGAAGCUGCUGGAGUGGCGUGGUUUUCAGAGGUAAUUAGCCUUAAUGGUUCUCUUCACGUUUCGAGUGGAUGCGUCGGAUCGACAGCCUUACUGAUGCACGAUGUGGAGGUCUGAGAGGCAAAAACGGGCAGACUCCGAGCUCAGUAGUUGUAGUGGCAAUUGGAAGUGCGUGCAAAUCAUGGAAACUCAUCGGACGACAACAUAAAAUCCGUGGACUAUAAUUUAUCAACAGGUAGCAGUAUCCAACAGGUACAGAAACCUAGAAGUCGGAGCCAGAAGACCUGCAUCCAUGAAGUUCAUCUCGUUCAAAAACGACGCGGUUACUCCCCAAGACACUCCCAAGGUUGGGAGCUCAAGGAUGGGGUCUUUUCGGAUCGGAUCCUUCAGAUUAGGGUCCUUCCGGGAGGUGUCGUCGAAAGAUUCCAAGAACCGCAAGUGUGGAUCUACCAAAACGUCUACAGGUCAUAACUCUGAUGACGAAUCUUACGAAAGCUGCAACACGAGGUUUAUAUCUACUGUGGAGCCUGGCGAAGAGGUCGGCACGAAGCACAGCGGACCAGUUCUUGGUCACGUCCUCUUGAGAAAACCAAGUAGCAACAACAAACCACACAAGUCGAAUGAUAUGAACUGGGAGGCCAUACAGGCCCUCAGGGCUAGGGAUGGAUCAGUGGGUCUUAGCCAUUUUAAGCUGCUCCGAAGACUGGGUUGCGGAGAUAUUGGCAGCGUGUAUUUGUGCGAACUGCGGGGCUCAGAUUGCUACUUUGCAAUGAAGGUGAUGGACAAAGCCGCUCUCGCAACCCGGAAGAAGCUUUCUCGGGCUCAAACAGAGAAGGAGAUUCUUGCGUCGCUUGACCAUCCUUUUCUGCCAACACUGUAUGCCCACUUCGAUACGGCUCAAUUCUCAUGCUUAGUUAUGGAGUACUGCUCUGGAGGAGACUUGCAUUCCCUUCGUCAGAAACAGGCAGGAAAAUGCUUUCCCGACAUGGCUGCCAAAUUUUAUGCAGCCGAGAUCCUCCUGGCACUGGAGUAUCUGCACAUGAUGGGCGUGGUAUACCGCGAUCUUAAACCUGAGAAUGUUCUUGUGCGAGAAGAUGGUCACAUCAUGCUCUCUGAUUUCGACCUAUCGCUCCGUUGUGCUGUUAAUCCCAGCCUGAUCAUGGCCCAACCCAUCCUUGCGGCACUGCCAUCCCGGAACGAACGAAGGGCCACAUCUGAGAUCUGGAUGUCGGAGCCUCAACAAGUCGCUCUGCAGUCGUGUGUCCCUAUAAUCUCUAGCCAGUACCGGUUCCGCAAACCAAUGGCGCUUCGGUCGAAGCGAUCUGGCCGGUCCGAAAACGAAAAGGGUGCUGUGUCGCCUCCUUCCAUGCCGGAGCUUGUGGUCGAACCCACCGAGGUCCGCUCCAUGUCGUUUGUUGGAACUCACGAGUAUCUGGCUCCAGAAAUAAUUUCCGGUGAUGGCCAUGGCAGCUCUGUCGACUGGUGGACAUUCGGCAUCUUUCUCUACGAACUACUGUAUGCCAAGACACCGUUCAAGGGAGCUGACAAUGAGCUCACUCUCACGAACGUCGUGUCGCACCCCUUAAUCUUUCCUCCCAAUACCGACACAGUGACCGUCUCCGACAGCGCGAAGGACCUGAUCAGGGGCCUGUUAAUGAAGGACCCCAUGAAGCGUAUCGGCUCCAUUCGCGGCGCUGGCGAGAUCAAGGCCCAUCCUUUCUUUGAGGGCGUGAACUGGGCAUUGAUUCGUUGUGCAUGUCCUCCGGAGGUCCCCAAGCCUUACAGGCUCGAGCUGGCUGCCGCCGCCGGAGUGCCAACUUUAGGACAAGCUUUGGCGGACGAGAAAAAGAAGGCUACGGGAGGUCGCCACGAUGGUGAUAACGGCGUCCCCGAGUUUGAGUGCUUCUAAUUUUUUCUGCUGGCUUCUGAUCGAAUCAGUUUAACCGCAAAAGGCGUGCCGCUUAUUUUUGAACGCUUUGUUGUCGCGGUUUUUCUACAUCCUUGAUCGUUUAUUGUAAGCAUAAGAAUCGGGAUACAACCGCAAAAUACACGAAUAGGUGUCUUUCAAGAGGCAAAGCGAUGGCGACGAUAUUUAGUCAAAUACUAGGAUGUGUCCAUUUGUUUGCAUGUACUGUCACGACGCAUGAGCAGCGUUGAUGGCGGAAGGAUGGUUAACUGUGAAGGCAAGAGAGGGUGAAUGCCAUGCCCUGUUGACGAUUCAUCGCAGCCUACCUCAUCACCGAAACAGUGAAGCGAUUUAGAAACCAGCAGGUGGCGCACGAUUCAGACAACCCUCCUCCUUGCUGUGCAGUUUUAGAGACCCAUGGCAGUAGGCUGCAAUUUUAUUUUUGUACAGUGGUAGUUUGCAGACAGAGUGUGUAGCCACAAUAACUGUGUCGGGCUUUGCAUCUCAUGAUCUAUUAUUCCAUUGUAAGUAGGCAUACGAAAUCAAUAUCGAUUUCUUUCUGGUCAUCGUGUUGUU